CUGUAAAGAAGGCAGCUUAAGUUGGAAGAGUUUAUAGUUUUAGCAAGGGUCUGGGGGGAAGGUGGAAGCGAAGUGUAAACUUGAAGGCUGCAACUUUUUCUACACUUUCAGGUUCUAGGCACAUAUAAAUGUCUUUGAAUUUCAGAAUUGAUGAAAGCACUCAGAUAACUAUUUUGACAGCUUAAUUGGCUGGCAAGUUGAAUUGUAAGGUGUGUUCAAAUUAGAUUUUUUUUUGGCAUUUCCUAAAAAGGGGUGUUUGGCAGGCCUGGUAUACAGCUAGUGUAUUAUAAUAACUUUCCUGUGCCUGGUUCUUUAUCAUGGGCGUUGACAUUCUCAUUUAUUGAGCAUCUAAACCCUCUGGGAUGGUAGUAUCCACACUUAAUGUGUUAAUGGCUAUUGGGAAAGCUUUGCAAUAGGCAGUCGCACACUCCCCCACCCCAGGAGCUAUGCAGGUAACCUAAGCGAGUGAGGCUGGCCAGGUGUGGGCCAUUGGUUCCUGGAUAGCUGUGUCCAUUGCUGUUGGGGUCAGAGUCCACUAGGUUCUGUCCUCUGCUUGCUGGAUUUUCUGUAUUUAAAGAAUCCCAAUACCCUGACUUUUUAAUGGAAUACCUUGAUUUUUAAAAUUGAAACCGCUCUACAGACCCACGUGUGAGCUGAUGUGCUCUCUGGCUGCAGGUUUGCUCUCUGGGUUGGAGAACUACUGCAGACUUCCCAGAGGUGAGGAGGACAUGUAUCGUGACGCGGAUGAAAUAGAAAAGGAGAAAGAAUUACUUAUACAUGAAAGAGGGUUAUCAGAAGCCAGAUUAAGUGUAGCUCCUGAAAUGGACAUCAUGGACUACUGCAAAAAAGAAUGGAGGGGAAAUACCCAAAAAGCCACAUGUAUGAAAAAGGGCUACGAGGAGGUGUCGCAGAAGUUCACCUCUAUACGGCGAGUCCGUGGAGACAAUUACUGUGCGCUGAGGGCCACACUGUUCCAGGCGAUGAGCCAGCCGGCAGCGCUGCCGUCCUGGCUGCAGGACCCGGAGCUCACGCUGUUACCGGAAAAACUCAUAAGCAAAUACAAUUGGAUCAAGCAGUGGAAACUUGGACUGAAAUUUGAGGGGAAGAGCGAGGACCUGGUUGAUAAAAUUAAGGAGUCCCUCACACUGCUAAGGAAGAAGUGGGCAGGCUUGGCAGAACUGAGAACUGCUGAAGCGAGGCAGAUAGCUUGCGAUGAACUGUUCACAAAUGAGGAAGAGGAAUAUAGCCUCUAUGAAGCUGUAAAAUUUCUAAUGCUAAACAGAGCCAUUGAACUAUACGAUGACAAAGAGAAGGGAAAGGAAGUACCAUUUUUCUCUGUGCUUCUGUUUGCUCGGGACACAUCGAAUGAUCCUGGACAGCUGCUAAGGAACCACCUAAACCAGGUGGGACACACUGGUGGCCUUGAACAGGUGGAAAUGUUCCUUCUUGCCUAUGCCGUGCGCCACACCAUCCGGGUGUACCGGCUCUCCAAGUACAGCACCGAAGAAUUCAUCACGGUCUACCCCACCGACCCACCCACGGACUGGCCGGUGGUGACCCUGAUCGCCGAGGACGACCGGCACUACAACAUCCCCGUCAGGGUGUGCGAGGAGACGAGUCUGUGAGGGACGCGUGCCCGGAUGGCCCGGCCACACGACCGAGGUGCCCUGGCAGCUCCCUGCCGCGGCCCGCGGGCUUCCAGGUCUCUUCGGGUGACCCACGGGGACUGUCGGGCCGGGCGAGCCAAGCUGGACUGGGCUGUUCUGAGGACGGCUUUUGGUCGUUAGAACUAACCAGGGGUUUUCCCUCAUCUUUGAUGCGAUAUGUUUCCUCGGGGGCCUUCAGAGCACUUCUUUUGGAAGGUACAAACUACGUCUUCUCCAUAAAACAAACCUUUGGUAUCAGAGGAGACGCCUCUCGGAGAGGAGUGUGUUCUUCACGUCUCAGAAGCAGACUCUCUAAUGUAAACUUGGUUUCAGUUUUUUCUCAAGAUAGUCAUUUUUUGUUUUGGGGGUGAUGGGUCUCCGGAGUGCCCGUCCUAUGCAAUUCGGCUUACGUGGCCUCACUCUGAGCGGAGCCUGUUAGGGGCACAGUCAUAACGUCCUCUGAUAGUCUUCCUGAGCACUGGUUCGGGCUUACAUGUUCAUUAAAGCUAUCCUAAGCA